AUGAAUCCAAAUGAUAACAAGAAGAAGAACAUCCACUCCUCCUCCGAUCCUCCACCUUUCGAUCCAUCCCAGCCCUCUGUGCCAAUCUCAUACCCCAUCAAAACCCUAGAAGACCUCGAAUCGAGGGUCUAUUUUGACUCAUUUCACUUCCCAUUCAACAAAGCUUCGGUGACUCUUCCAUCUGAUAAUGGUUCUUUGGCUGACCGUCCCAGAAUUCUUGUGUGCCAUGACAUGGCCGGAGGGUACUUGGAUGAUAAGUGGGUCCAAGGGGGGACCAAUGCCGAUGCUUAUGCGAUUUGGCACUGGUACUUGAUUGAUGUUUUCGUGUAUUUUUCGCAUAGCUUUGUUACCCUUCCACCUACUUGUUGGAUUAAUACAGCUCACAAACAUGGUGUCAAGGUAUUGGGGACUUUCAUCGUAGAAUGGGAUGAAGGCAGAGUUAUUGCUGACAAACUACUCUCGACGAAGGAGUCUGCUCAAAUGUAUGCCGAGCGCUUGACUGAGCUAGCUGUUGCUUUGGGCUUUGAUGGAUGGCUGUUAAAUAUGGAGGUUGACUUGGAUGUUGGGCAAAUCCCUAAUCUGAAAGAAUUCAUCAUCCAUUUAACUAGUACCAUGCACUCUUCAAUGCCUGGAUCUUUAGUCAUAUGGUAUGAUAGUGUUACUGUUAAUGGUGAUCUAAUCUGGCAAAACAUACUGAAUGAAAAUAAUAAGCCUUUCUUUGACAUAUCUGAUGGCAUAUUUGUGAAUUAUUCAUGGGAGGAAGACUAUCCUAAACGUUCAGCUGAAGUUGCCGGUGACAGAAAGUUUGAUGUCUACAUGGGCAUUGAUGUUUUCGGAAGGGGCACUUAUGGUGGUGGACAGUGGAAUACAAAUGUUGCACUUGAUGUGCUGAAGAAAGAUGACGUGUCAGCUGCGAUAUAUGCUCCUGGAUGGGUAUACGAGACUAAGCAACCGCCUGAUUUUCAGACUGCUCAGAACCAUUGGUGGUCCCUUGUUGAAAAAUCAUGGGGAAUAUUACAGAAUUACCCAAGAGCACUUCCUUUUUACUCAAAUUUUGAUCAGGGACACGGUUACCAUAUUUUCGUUGACGGAGGGCAAGUACUGAAUUCUCCUUGGAACAACAUUUCUUCUCAAAGCUUUCAGUUUUUUGGAGAGCCUACCCCAAAUUCAAUUCAAGUCCUUGUUGAUUUUAAGGAAGCAUCUUAUAGCGGAGGAGGGAACGUCACUUUUAAAGGAUCUCUUGAAGACAAUGCGUAUUUCACAACAAAGCUCUUUCAGGGAGAGCUUCUUUUGGGGGAUUUACCAAUCUACUUUACAUAUUCUGUGAAAUCUGAUGAGAGCUCCCUGGUAGGCCUUUCUCUGGAGUUCUCUUCUACCCUGAAGGAGAGAACAUCAGUACUUCUUGCAUCCCGGGGAAGAACCUUGCUUACAAUAAACCAGUUGUCAACAAAAUUUGGUAAAGUGAUCAUGCCUUGUCGAGUUACAAAACCAGAAACUGCACCAGGAUGGGUCAUACAGGAGAGUAGCAUUUCAAUGAAUGGAUACACAUUAACAGAAAUACAUGCUGUUUGCUAUCGAUCAAAGCCUGAACUCGGUAAACAGAUACUAAAUUCUGGAUCAAAUGGCGAAGAUAAUGCCUUAGCUCGCGGUCCAUCAGAAUAUUUUGCACUGCUAGGCCACAUCACAGUUAAAACAUCUGAGCAGAACUCGAGUUUCCCUCCAUCUACUUCAUGGCUAGUUGAGGGUCAGUAUAUUAAAUGGACUUCGGGUUCUCAGGGAUCAAAGACCCUUAGUGUCAAGGUCAUUUGGAAACUGAAAGAUGGAGAUGCUUCUCUAUUCCCACAGUACAACAUUUAUGUGGAGAAAUUGAGCAAAAUGCUUGAAGGUGUGCAGGAGUAUCUUGGAGUGGCACGAGUGGACGCCUUUUAUGUUUCUGAUCUUGUCAUUCCUACCGGCACUUCUAGUCUCAAUUUCAUCGUUCAAGUGUGCAGCAUUGACGGAGCUUGUCAGACUCUAGAUGAUUCUCCAUCUUUCGAGUUGAAUGUUGAAGGUCGGUAA